CCGCACGGUGGGGAUCUACCACGCCUUCACAGCCAAUCGCGUGGCCCGUCACUGACACACAUCCCGUUCUCUCACACGCACAACGGGACAGACAAGAAGACGGCCAACUGUUCUCUCCACCUUUUACACCAAAAAUUGCAGAGUCGUAACCAUGGGGAAGGGAUGCAUCACGGCAACUAAGUACUUCCUGUUCCUCUUCAACCUCCUCUUCUUUAUAUUUGGAGCAUUGAUCAUGGGCUUUGGACUGUGGGUUCUCCUGGAUAACCAGAGCUUCAUCGCAGUUCUGCAGGAAUCCUCUACUACCCUGAAGGUAGUGUCCUACAUUUUCAUCAGUGUGGGGUCUCUCUCCAUGGCCAUGGGCUUCCUGGGCUGUAUAGGAGCCAUCUAUGAGAUACGCUGCCUGCUGGGCCUGUACUUCACCUGCCUCCUGCUCAUCCUCAUUGCCCAGGUAACCGCUGGGGUGCUCAUCUACUUUCAGAGAGACAGGCUGAAGCAUGAGAUGUCCAACAUCAUCAAGGGGAUGUUGGUCAACUACACUGGUCAGAACAGGACCACAGAACACACCUGGGACUAUGUACAAAGGACGAUGAAGUGCUGUGGUUGGACUGGCCCAGGCAACUGGUCGGAGAAUGUAUGGAUCAGGAACAGUUCUGUCUCCAUGUACCCUUGCUCCUGUCGGAACGAAACCCUGCCCGGGACAGACGUCAAGGAGACAGGGCUCUGUGAACACUUGUCCAACAUCCUCCCGGUCUACGAAACGGGCUGCAUGCAUAGUGUGGAGGGCUGGCUUCUGGAGAACUGUGGAGUUAUUCUUGGAAUCUGUGUUGGAGUGGCAGUCAUUGAGCUUCUGGGAAUGAUCCUGUCUAUGUGCCUGUGUAAGAGUGUUGUCCAGGAGGACUACACCAAAGUACCCAAGUACUGACUAUGAAGACCUGAAGACAGGAAAAGCUAUACACCACACAGACAUGCAGACACACACUCUGACAGUGAAACACAGACAUGCAGAAUCACACUCUGACGGUGAAACACAUACAUGCAGACACACACUCUGACAGUGAAACACAGACACGCAGACACACACUCUGACAGUGGAACACAGACACGCAGACACACACUGACAGUGAAACACAGACAUGCAGACACACACUCUGACAGUGAAACACAGACACGCAGGCACACACACUGACAGUGAAACACAGACA